AUGUUCUCUGCCCUCGAUCUCGACAUCAGGCCCGGCGACGGCCUCGGCAUAUUCACCCUCGGUGCACUCCUCCCGUCCCCAGGCUCCUCGCUGUGGACCGUCCUCGACGUCCUCCGCACCCACCAGCACACCUUCCCCCAGAUCGACCUCAAGUACGAUCCCGACUCCCCCACCACCCCCAUCAUCCUCCACGCCCGCCCCCACCUCGACCUCCUCUUCUCCGCCAUCCACCAGCGCCUCCACACCAUCUCCAUCCGCCGCCUCCGCGACCCUCACCGCCCACUCACCCUCCGCUACAAGAACGCCGUCCUCUCCUCCACAGACAACGACCUCCGCCGCGUCGGCGUCAGUCGCGCCUUCGGCCCCACCUACCCCGGCCCAGACCUCCGCUACCCCGGCAUCUCUUUCAGCUUCGACGACGAGGGCCUGUCCGACGCCUUGUCCCCGCCCUCCAAUGUCCCCGAGGGUCGCAUGCAGGAGGUGAAGCGCAUCCUCAUCGCGCAGACCAGCCCCGUGGACGACGGCGCAGAGCGCGACGCCCUCGGCGAGGUCGACGUCUGUCCCGCCAUGCACGGUGAGCUCGCCCAAGCCACUCUCAAGGUUCACGACGGCGUCGUCCUGCGCUUCUACCCCGCGUCCACGGACCCCGUCCGCGUCCGCCUCGGCGUCACCACCGCCCAAGACUUGAUGUGCGAGCUCGGCCCCCCGCUCAGGACAUUCUACAAGGAGGACGACCGCAUGGCCAUCCACGCCCGCAAUCCCCCCCUCGACCCCCACAGCGACCCCUCCUACUUCUACAACUACUUCCAGCACGGCAUCGACUUUCUCAUCUCGGGCACAACCCACGUCGUCAUUAAGAUCGUGCUUCACACGAACAUCCCUGGAACGCCGCUCUUCCAGCGGUACAAGCGGUGUCCCUGGCAGAUCGAGGGCCGCCCCGAGGACGACGAGGACGAUUCACCGCCCUGCGUGAGAUUCGACGAACGGGUAGAGACGAUCAGCCACUUCCUGUGCCCCGGCCAGACGCCGCCCUCGAUGCACUUCAACCGCACCGACGACGAGGACGCGCUGACGCUCCCGAGCCCCACCACCCGAUUGCUCGGCUUCGACGGCAUCAUACUCGAGGCGACGGAGUCCGCCCAGGUCGUGUCCGUGACCCUCUUUUGA